UUACAGUCUUAACAACAGUGAACUACAAAGUCACGAAAAGAAGACGAUGAAUAAGAAAAGAUACUUUCUGGAUUCCCCUGUGAUCAAAGAUUACAUGGUUAAAGGAGAAAGAUUUACCAAGUGGUCAGAGGACUCGACCAAGACUGUCCCUGUCACCAUGAAGAUUGACGUGAAAGGCUUUUACCUCUACUGGACGAAUCAAAGCAAGGAGACAACGCUCUUGGAUGUUGCUACCAUCAGAGAUACCAGAACAGGAAAAUAUGCGAAACUUCCAAAACACCCAAAGGUCCGAAACGUGUUUAACCUCGAUUUUCCAGACAGUAACCACUUGGCCAAAAUACUGACUGUUGUCUCUGGUCUUGACACCGUCAACCUGACCUACCAUAACUUCUUUGCCUCCAAGGAUAAAGUGACACAGAACUGGGCGAAUGACAUUCUUGCCAUCGCCUACAAUACUUCAAGAAAUAACGCCUGUAGACAAGUCUUCCUGGACAAAAUUUAUGUUCAGAUUUGUCUCCAGACCAACAAAGAUGGCAAGAUCCCGGUGAAAAACAUUUACAAGAUGUUCCCCGCUGAUAAGAAGCGAGUGGAAAGCGCGCUGGCUUCAGCCCAACUCCCAAAAGGAAAGUACGACAGUAUGAAGCCUGACGUUUUCACUGAAUCAGCUUUCAAGGCCUUCUUGGCUCAUCUCUGUCCUCGCCCGGAAAUCUAUGAAAUCUUCACUACUUAUUCCAACAAACCCACCAUGACUAAAGAGAACUUCACCAAGUUUCUCAACGAGAAGCAGAGGGACUCCCGACUCAAUGAGGAGCUUUUUCCACGACUACGGCAGGACCAAAUAAAAGCGUUGAUGUUAAAAUAUGAACCCUGCAACACCAACUGUAACAGAGGUCUCAUUACCCCGGAAGCUCUCUUGGCUUUCCUGGUGGGUCCUGAGACUUCAGUGGUCAUGCAGGACAGGCUGGCCAAGUGUCAGGACAUGACCCAGCCUCUACCCCAUUACUUCAUUAAGUCCUCGCAUAACACGUACCUGACAGCUGGUCAGUUUUCCGGCAUCUCCUCACCGGAGAUGUACCGCCAGUGUCUGUUGUCUGGCUGCCGUUGUCUGGAACUUGACUGCUGGAAGGGGAAACCUCCGGAGGAAGAGCCCAUCAUUACACAUGGCUUCACCAUGACCACUGAAAUCCUUUUCAAGGAUGUGAUUGAAGCCAUUGCUGAGAGCGCCUUCAAGACCUCACAGUAUCCCGUUAUCCUUUCCUUCGAGAACCACGUUGACUCAGUGAAGCAACAGGAGAAGAUGGCUAACUACUGCAAAACCAUAUUUGGUAAUGCCCUGCUGACAGAGCCUCUGGACAAAUACCCUCUUAAGCCAGGACAGCAGAUCCCAAGUCCAUCUGAGCUGAUGGGCAAGAUAUUGAUCAAAAACAAGAAGGGAUGCCACGUGAACACAGACCAGACAACCAAGAAGAGCAGCACAGGAGCCAGUAACCAGAUGACAACUGAUGCUUCACCUGCACAAAACACGGACUCAUUUUUCGAAGAUCCUGUCCAAUCAAAUAAUCUGGAGAACCAGGAUGGGGAUAUGGCUGUGGAAGACAAUGAGGACCAUGAGGACACAGAGGAGCAGGAUGAGGAAAAAAUGAAGACCUGUGAUGAGGGCACAGCUGGACAGGAAGUCACAGCAUACGAAGCAAUGUCAUCAUUGGUCAACUACAUCCAGCCGAACAAAUUCAUCUCUUUUGACAAUGCCAGAAAAAAGAACAAGAGUUAUGUCAUCUCAUCUUUUGUGGAGACCAAAGGGGAAGCUAUGAUAGCCAAGACUGCCGUUGACUUUGUUGAAUAUAAUAAAAGGCAGAUGAGCAGGAUUUACCCGAAAGGAACAAGAAUGGACUCAUCAAAUUUCAACCCGCAGCCCUUUUGGAACGUUGGCUGCCAGAUGGUGGCGCUCAACUAUCAGACAAUGGACUUUCCCAUGCAGCUGAACAUGGCUCUGUUUGAAUUCAACGGAAGGACAGGCUACCUUCUCAAACACGACGUGCUGCGGCGCGGAGACAAGACAUUUAAUCCUUUCUGCGACAGGGUUGACACAGUCGUGGCAGUCACACUGACCAUUAAGAUCUAUUCAGGACAGUUUUUGUCUGACAAGAGUGUAAAAACUGGAGUUGAGGUGGAGAUCAUCGGGCUGCCAGGAGACCCCAAGAAGAAAUACCGUACAAAGUGGUCCAUCACCCCUAACUCUAUUAACCCAGUUUGGAACGAGGAUCCUUUUGUGUUUGAAAAGAUUCUCCUCCCAGAAAUGGCCUCUUUGAGAAUAGCAGUCCAUGAGGAAAAUGGCAAAUUCCUUGGACAUAGAAUCAUUCCCCUUGAAGCCAUUCAAUCCGGUUACCAUCACAUCUGCCUGCACAAUGAAAGCAACGUGCCGCUCACUCUGCCUGCACUCUUCGUGUACAUUGAGGUCAAGGACUACAUCCCCGCUGCUUUUGCAGAUUUCACGGAUGCCUUAUUCAACCCAACGAAAGGUGCAGAGAAGACGACGCGGACCCCAAAAGAGUCAUCCUCAGACUACAUUUCUCCUUAUGAGCUGCCUUUUGUGCCUCAAACCGAAGUGACAAAGGUGAAGGAACCAACAGAGGAGGUUCCUUCUGAGCCAAAUCCACUCACACUUGAGGUCAGUGAAACGCCAUCCCACAGUGCGUCACCUGCAGCGAGUGAAGACGAAGCUGAAGAAGAGAGCACGCCAGACACUCUGCAACCUGAAGACCUUCCUCUGGAUGCCGAAUUUGGAAGUUUCAUAACCGAGACACUUUCUGGUGAAGCGAUUCUCUCUGAAGAGGAUGUCAUCCAGCCUGAGACGAUCACCAAAGACGUAGAGGAGUCGAGCAGUGACUCGAUACAUUCUGAGCUAAUCUCAAAUGAUGAACAAGUCGAGGAGGACGUUCAAGAAGAGCCCGGUCCAUUAAGUGCUUCACCGGAAUGUGUGGUGUCAGAUCAAUUGUCUGACGCUUGUGGUAAAGAAACACCCACCGUGACAACUGCAGAACUGACACAGCACAAGAGCUACCUGAAGGUUAUCAAGCGUCAAGAGAAAGAGAUGAGAGAAGUGGAAAAGAAGUAUCAGAGAAAAACAGAAGACCUGAGCCAGAAAUAUUCCGACGCUUUCAAGGCCUGCAAGAAGAAGGCCUUGAAGAAAAAAGAGUCCUUGAUUGGAGAAGGCAUGUCGGACUGUUGCCCCACAACAGUGCAGGAGCACAAGCAAAAGCUGCAGGCCGAGCUGCGCGCUCUGUGGAUGGAACAGUGUGAUCAGCUGAGGAGGAAGAAAGAGCAGUGUGCCACGGAGAGACUGGCUAAACUGAUGGAGAUGGCCAGUGAAAGACACAGCAUUGAAUUGAAGACCUUGGAAAGUGAAAUCAAAGACAAGAAGAAGACAAAAUCUUUCCCACAUAAAGCCAAGCUGAAAAAAGCAACAAGUCAAGAACUGUUGGAUGAGCCUGAUGAAUCUGAACGCGUGUCUUGUGAGUACAGCACGCAGCAAGAGACUCUGAUGGUGAAACAGGCGGCCACGCUAGAGGAGAUCAAGGCUCUCACUAAUCAGCUUAAUCAGGAGGCCUUGAAGGAGCACGAAAACAAAAUGAGGUCUCUUCCACCAGAGGUGAUGGAGGCUGUUAACGCCUGCGUGAGUGCCCACUUCCCCGAACUUAUCGACAAGGCAGCCAACAAUAAAGCAGAAGGGUCAAACAUCUACGGAGAUGUCUUUCUAGGCUAGAGGUACUCUUACUUCCUGAAUCCUGGUCCUUAAGGACUUUCAAUCACAAGAGCUCAGACGGAUGUCUUCACUUUUACGAUGGAGUGUAAUUUUAUGUGUGAGACAUAUGGUAUGUAUAUAUGAAGGAAUACUGUAUGAAGAAAUUGAAGAGAAAAUAUGAUACUAUGACAAUUAGGUCACCGAGUUCCAAGCAUAACAUCAAUAUUCAAAUAAUAGAGUCAACGGUGGUGGGUGUCAUCUGCCUUCAAGCUGCCUGCAACCCCGAACGGUGGUAGAGAAAAUUCAUGGAGGAAUAUUAUGCAAAUAAAGUGGACAUUUGAAUUUUACAAGAAUAAAUGUGUACUUGCAUUAAGAUAAGGUCUGGGUCGGGAUCACGUCAGGUUAGACUUAUGCACAUUCAACACAUAGUCAGGU